AUGCCUACCGAGACAGAACCUCUACUCCCUCGCUAUGAGGAUGAUACCUCCCGCCAGCGCCGCCUCCACCAGAAGCUCCACAGCUACCAGAUGAUCCGCGCCAUCUCCGAGGGAUACCUGCCAACCACCGAACAAACAACCGCCAACCUCCGUACCCUACUAGCAUCCGAUAUUCUCAACCUGCGAAACCAGGACAUCGGCACUGUCGGUCGCCAGCUAAUCCGCGAUACGCGACUGUGGAUCCAAGUCUUCAUCGAGUUCCUCCAGCAAAAGAACAGCCAGGACCAGCUGCAGGAAUUCAUAUGGCGUCUAUCUCGCUCACGCGUCCAGGUGGAUAGUGAGCGUGUUUCCAGACAGGCUGCCCAGGUGAAGGCGCGAGCUGAUACUAAAGCUGCAUAUGACAGCUUCCGCACCAUCGGUAGUCUACUCUUGACCAAUGCUGACUUCCGUCUUUUCGUCGACGAUAUCGUCACCGUCGGCCGUCAAAUUUUUGCUGAUACCGCCGAGUCGCUCGCCGAGUCAUCCAAGCAUGUGGCAGAGAAGGUCCAGCCGUCUGCGGAGGAAGAAUCCGCGCUGAAAGGUGCUGGCGCUGACGAGGGACAUGAGCUGUCUCAAGACGAAUUACGGGAGGAAGUUGCUCAUGUUACGGAAGCGGCUGGGGAAGGACUUGCUCAUACGGGACACGACGCUGUGGAAAGUGCCAAGGAGCAUUUGGCUGGUCGGGAGAGAGAGACUUUACUAUUCCGUCUAAAACAGGCCGUCCUUAAGCUCCGCGAGAGAACGGAUUACUCUGACUCGGUCGCAACCCUUGCUCAAUUGCUGCAGCGCUAUGCUAAAAUCUACGCCGAGGUAGCGGAGAACGCCAGUUCGACUGCCGAAGAGGACGUGGAGGUCAAUGUGGACCUGAAGCGUGCAGUCGACGAAUUCUGGAUUCUUUUGAGAUCUUUUGGAAGUGCAGAAGAAUGGGAUCGAUUGCAGCAGAAAUUCCACAACGUUCUCCGACACGCCAAUAAAGACCCGGAAUUCGAUACUCUGCUGGGAGAAACUGGAAACUCACUUCAAGAUAUGCUGACCGAUCCUGAUUUCUUUGAGUCGGCACCUCAGAAGCUCGAUGAGCUAAAGAAACAGUCCGAGAAAGUAGGCCCAGAAACAAGUCUACGCAAAGACAUGGAUGACUUUCUGGCCCAGACUAAACAAACACUUCGAACUGUCCCUGAUGACCCUGCUGUGUAUAAGCUUAUUAAUGCCACCAAGAAGGUGUACCAGCAUGCUUGGACAGCUUACAACGACAACAAGGCGGAUCUCCCAGCAGACUUGGUCAAUGUAUUCCUGCCAGUCCUUCUGCGGACAAUCCAAUACAUCCCGAUUCCACGUCUGGAGAUAUCCUCCCCAGAGAUGGAUCUCUUGCUCGAGAACCUGAUCCUCGAACCCGGCCACACAGUCAACUUCUCCUCCUUCCUUCCUUACCGCAUGCACCUCCUCACACGCAACGACAUUGACGUCGUCAAAACCCACUCCAAACGCACUGAAACUCUCAUGAAAACAGCUUUCACAAUCACCGUCCAAGGCCUGAACAUCAGCGCUGAAGACUUUGGCUACUGGUUCCGCACACACACAGGCCUUCUAUUCAACCUUAAAGACGAGGGAAUAGCCAGUUUCUAUCUCGACCGCCGAGGCAUCGACAUCUCUCUCGAUGUCGAAGUCGGCCGCGAGAGACUAGAGCAUAUCUUCUCCCUGCGUGGCGUCCGUGUUCGGAUCCAUAAACUCGACUACCAGGUCAAGAAAAGUAAAUGGAGAUUCCUCCUCUGGCUGACCAAGCCAUUCUUGAAACAUCUUGUUCGCCGCGUUCUGGAAAAGAAGAUCGCCGAGGAAAUAGUUGCUGCGGCAUUCACGUUGAAUCGCGAAUUGGUCUUUGCUCGCGAGAGACUGCGUGCUACUCGCAUUGCAAAUCCACAGGACCUGGCUACUUUUGUCAGAGCUGUUCUGGCUCGCUUGAAGCCUGCUGAUUCUGACGUCGAAGCAAGAAUCGGGAUCAUGCCCUCGAAAUAUGGUGCUUUCCAGGAUGUUUAUGCCCCCGGCAGCAUUGUUAAGACGUGGCGUGAUGAAGCUACCCGCGCACAGGAGGUUAUUGAAGAAGGUGAUGAGACCCAUGGUCUUGGCCAUACCUGGCAUAAUGAUAUCUUUGAUGUUGCUGGACAUUAG